CUCUCUCUCUCAUCACUACCACCACCGGUUCCCUCUUUCUCGCCCUCGAAACUCCCCCGAAUUUACGCAGCUCAACCAGAUCGCGGCGGAGACAUGAGCGGCGGCGGCGGCACCACGACGACGACGUCGUUUCGGACCAUCCUCGAGAAGCCGCUCAACCAGCUCACCGAGGAUGACAUUUCUCAGCUCACCCGAGAAGACUGCCGCAACUACCUCAAAGAAAAAGGAAUGCGGAGGCCUUCGUGGAACAAAUCGCAGGCGAUCCAGCAGGUUAUUUCACUCAAGGCGCUGCUAGAGCCCAACGACGAAUCCAGCGCCGGAGUUCUCCGAAAAAUCGUUGGUCCGCCUCAUGGCGGUCCGCCUCACGGCGCCGCCCCUCGGGCGGCUUCGAAUUCGACCGAUUCAGCUAAGGAGGCCAGUGCCGAUGUGCAGGGUUCCAAGUCCGCUGAAGAACCGGUGCCGCAGCAGAAGAAAGAACCGCAAAAACCGGUUCGGCAGGACCGGCCGGCCGAACCGGCUGUGAAAGUAGUUACUCCCAGCAAAAAUCAGUGCACAACCGAUGCAUCAGUUAGGCAAAUGACAAUUUUCUACUGCGGCAAGGUGAAUGUGUAUGAUGGAGUGCCACCAGAUAAGGCACGAACAAUAAUGCACUUUGCAGCAAGGCCGAACCAUUUGCCUCUGGACAAUCAAUAUAGUGGAACUGCAGCAGCUAGGUCCUUGCGAUGCCAAUUUCAGAAUGCAGGUGACAAAGAUGCCCCUUUCCCACCUAAUGCCACAAUCCCUCUAGCAAUGCAACCAGAUAGGAUUGCGGACUAUACUCAGCUGUACUGGGAUAAAGGGAACAACACUCGUGAUCCUGAGGGUCAGGCAAGUAGAAAAGUCUCGUUGCAGAGAUACCGUGAAAAGCGAAAAGACAGGGAACGAGUAAAGAUUAAGAAAAAUAUGGGACCAACUUCUACCUUGGAGGUUUAUUUGAAUCAACAACUCAGGAGACACCCCUCAAAUGGAGAUUCAAGUAGGAGUAGCACAGGCUCUCCGCCCCAGCAACCUGGGCUGCUUCAAGUAGCUGACAAUCAGAUUCGCUGUCUUCCUGUUGACCUAAAUGAAAAUGAGAUCUUGGACUGCUGAACACUUCAUUAGGUCACAAAGAGUUGGAAAUUGAGUAAAGGAUAUGUUGUCUUGACUUAGCACCCGAAACACCUGAUAGGAAGGAAGAGAAGAAACUAGUUAAAUUGCCUCCAAGAGACCCACCUUGUGUGAUUUGAGAUCCUCCAUGACCAUGAAGUUUUCUCACUGACUUUUGCCUAUCAGGAGGAGAGUUCUCUUUUUGAAAUGGUAUGACCGAUCAGUUUUGUAAUUUGUAGGAUCAUGUUUUCAUCCUUAGCUCAAUGUUGGAUGUUUCUAGGGUUGAGAUGCAG